AUGGAUGAGGAGAUGAAGAAGGAACCACAUAGCGAGGUGAAAUCCGAAGCUGGCGUCGGCAUCGGUACCAAGAUCGAAUCUCGCCAUACAAAACGCGUCCAUAAUGCCGAGCUAUAUGCUGCGACACGUGAGCUGAAGAUAAAUCCGUGGAGCAAAGAAUCGCUCACACUACAUUAUGCCAUGUUUACUGCAUUUGCUUGCGCCUGCGCUAUUGGCUACGAUGGGUCCCUAAUGACUGGAGUUAUUGCCAUCGAACAAUUCCAAGAUACCUUCCACACAGGGACUACCGGCACAAGUGUCUCAAUUAUCUAUUCCUUCUACACGGUGAAGGGAGAUAGUGGUUCUAUGAUUGGCGCACCAUUCGCGGCCAUCGUGUCUGAUAAAUUCGGCCGUCUCAAAGGCAUGUUCUGUGGAGGUAUUGUGAUAAUCAUCGGCAUGAUUAUCGCUGCCACUGCUUCCACGACACCACAAUUUGUUGUUGGCCGAGCAGUGAUUGGUGUCGGGACUGCGUUCAUGAGUGUAGCCGCGCCCACCUAUUGUCUCGAAAUCGCCUUUCCACACUGGCGAGGUCUCUGUACAGGAAUGUUUAACAUGGGAUGGUUUGGCGGUUCCAUUCCCGCUGCAGCAGUUACAUUUGCAUGCAGCCAGCUCGAUUCUGACUACUCAUGGAAGAUUCCUGUAAUCUUCCAAGCCCUCGGCUCCGUUAUUGUCAUUUUAUCGGUUCUUUUCCUCCCAGAAUCACCCCGGUAUCUCAUGGCCAACGGACGAGAGGAAGAAGCGGAAAAGUUCCUCGUCAAAUACCACGGCUGCGGCCGUUCGGAUUCUUCGCUCGUUCGCCUCGAGAUCGAAGAGAUGAAGGAAGGCAUUCGACAGGAUGGAAUCGAUAAGAGUUUCUGUGACUAUCGACCGUUCCUUUUCACUCACAGCGGACGAUGGCGAACGGCGCAGGUAGUCAUGAUGGCUGUUUUUGGCAACUUCUCUGGCAACGGGCUCGGCUACUACAAUACUGUCAUUUUUGCUAACUUAGGCAUCGCGAGCGUGUCAGAGCAACUGGCCUACAAUAUCUUGAAUUCUGCCAUUGGGGCAAUCGCAACUGCGGUCGCGCUUUGUCUCGUUGAUCGCAUUCCCCGGAGAAAGAUUCUUGUGACUGGAUCAUUUGGAUGUGCCGUAAUGCUCGCUAUCAACUCUGGUCUUUCUGCAGCAUUAGAAAGUCAAGGAAGCCAUAUCCAAAAAUCCUAUGCUAGGGGAGCUCUUGCAGCAUAUUUCCUCUUCACGUUCGUUUUCUCCCUGACUUAUACUCCUUUGCAAAGCAUUGUCCCUACCGAGGCCCUCGAGACGACGCAAAGGGCCAAGGGAUGGCUGUUUACAAUUUUCUCGUCGGUGGAUUGGGCUUUAUCAACCAAUUUGCCGGGCCGAUCGCUUUGGGGAAUAUGGGAUAUAAGUAUAUCUAUAUCUUUGUGGGCUGGGAUGUGCUUGAAUCAGGCAUGUGGUAUUUCUUUGGGUGAGCAUCUUCACAAUCGUGUCGAAGCCCAGGGUCGCACUUUAGAACAGCUCGAAAUGGUUUACAAGCAGCCAAAUCCUGUCAAAGCCUCGCUCCAAGUGGACAAGAUUUCUGUCCAAGACGAUGGAAAUAUCGUUGAGGACAACGGGUCCGUCUAA